AUGUCAAGCAAUCUUGCUUCUCAGAGCACUUUCCUUAAAAAAACAAUUUUCUUUUAGAAAUUGGGCCUCUGUGCCCAAAGGAAGUUCCAAUCCAUCUCUUCAUCUGUGGAACUAUCAGUAGUGUACACAUGUAAUUUGAAGAUUAGCCCACAAGAUUCCUUCAGGUAUAAUCCAGCCCAAAAUAUUAACAGCCCAACUUCAUUUCUGUUUGAUUUGAUUGCCCUGAGGGCGGAGCCUGAGAAUGGAGUAGAAACUGAAAAUCAGAAGAAUAUAUUGCAAGUUGAAGUGAUCUUGUCCACCAUUGAUGCAAGUUGCUCCUUAGUUGACCAUUGAUGCUGGGCUAGUGUGAUUAGAUAAGAUCUAUUCUGCUGGAGUGAUCGUUGACCAUUGAAUAUACAUGUCUGCUGGAGGGGCCAGCCAGCGGCAAUCUUGGGCGGCAUCCUGGAUACUGUUGUCGUGUUAACUUCCUUCUCGUUAAGAAUUAAUGGCGAAGCGUGGAGCCAAAUUGAAGGCCUGGCUUGGACUUCAAAACUGCCGGGUGCCUGUUGUGGUUACGUGUCUGGUUGUGAUACUUGUAUUGUUAAUAUUGUUGUUAUGCAACAAUGGGAAAAGCCCUGAUUCUUCUUUUGGAUAUCCGAUAAAAAAGUGGAAUUCUUUUGAGUCAGUGCAAUUUAACCCAACAAUAGAGCUGAGGAAUGGAACAGAUGUGAUAUGGCAAAUACCCAGUUUGCCAAAAGCAGUUCUCUUUGUGGCUCAUGGAUGCGAUGGCAGAGCUGCUAACUUUUGGGACAGGUCUUCAAGCUGCCCUAAUUGCAUUGGUUUGCCUGAGGAAAGGCUGCUUGUUCUUCAUGCUCUUGCUCGUAAAUUUGCCGUGAUCACAAUUUCAAGCACACGGAGAUGCUGGACAUUUGGGGAGGAAAGAUUAAUUGUUAAGAAUAUAAUACAAUGGUGGGCACAAACACAUAAUCUUGAAUCACUUCCUCUUGUAGCUUUGGGGGCCUCUUCUGGUGGAUACUUCGUCUCUGCACUCGCCACCAAUUUGAGGUUCAGUAGCAUAACACUUAUGAUUGCUGAAGGGAAGUUUGACCAAAUGGAUAUCACAGUGAACUACCCACCUACGCUUUUUGUUCACAUGCCUAAAGACUCAUAUAGGCAGCAAAAGAUAAGUGAGUUUAUAGAAGUUCUGAAGAACAAGGGCAUUGAUGCAGCAGAGGUUGAAUGCAUGGAGUUUCCUUUGUCACCGAGUUUCUUAGCUGAUAGAAUCCCAGGAAUGAAUCAAACUGUUUCUGCUAAGUUGUUUGAGCUAUUUCAGGUGAAGAGUUUUGUUGAUGGGAACGGAUAUAUGAAGAAAGAUGGGCGAGCAACGCGAUGGAAAGAAGCUCUCCGUGAAUGCAAGAACCUUGUGCUGGAUAAGAGUAUGGUCCAACACGUGCAGGAGGAACUCAAUCUUGCAUUUGCUUACCAUGAAAUGACUAGCCUGCAGUCUGAGCAAAUAUUUAAAUGGUUUGAAUCUCAUUUGAACUAAUCAACACUCUUUCUUGCAAGUCAGUUUCUUUUUUUCGACUUUGGAAGAGCGAAGAGCAUUGCCUUCAUUAGGAAAUUCUCUCUUUGCCCAACAUACCAUUUAGAAUUUAGCUUCAUUUAGAUUUCGAACCUUUGUUCUUGAAAUUAAGGUUUUUUUUAAGUUA